AUGGCGCUCGUCGACAAGACUGUGGAGGCUGCUACUGCGCCGAUUACGCAUACGCCGCGCGAAUAUCAGGAGUAUCCUGGCUCGCAAUAUAUUCUACCUACGGAUACUCCAGAGCUGCAGCGGUUGACACUUCAACAUCGUACACUGAAGAGCAUGUAUGGAGGGCGUAUUUUGUGGGCGCCAGUAGAGUUGACUGAGGAGGACAAGGUGCUCGAUACUGGUUGUGGGCCAGGCCUCUGGGUAUUGGACCUCGCUUCCUCAGUCAGCCCGGCCAUCCAAAUGACUGGCAUCGACAUCGAGUCGCGCCUCUUUCCCCCGUUCCCGCCACCAAACCUGACAUUCCAGAUCCAAUCAGUGCUGAGCCUCCCUGCCGACUGGAGCAACACCUUCACGCUAAUCCACCAGCGCCUCCUUCUCCUUGCAUUAGAGAUCCCGCAAUGGCCUGUCGCAUUGAGCGAGAUGCACCGUGUCCUCCGCCCCGGCGGGUGGGUCCAGCUGGCCGAAUCAACGCCGUGGCACGUGGGCACAUACCCGGGCCGGCCCGCAAUGGAGAAACUCACCGCGCUCUACCGGGCUGCCUCCGAGGCACGCAAUCUCUACGUCGACUGUGCAUAUGACAUGCCCAAACUCCUGAAAGACGCGGGCUUCGUCGACAUCGCAAGCGAGUCGCGGAUGCAGCAAAUGGGGAGCUGGGCGGGAGAGGACGGGGAGGCGAUGCGCAAGAACCACGUUGCUGUUCUGGCGGGAAUUAAGACCCCCGUGUUAAAUGCUGGUGGGUAUGGGAUCGUGUCGUCGGAGAGCGAGUAUGACCAGUUGGUCGAGGAUUUACACCGCGAGUGGGAGGAGGUCCCGGGCACGGACAAGGAGUUUAUCGUGUUUUGGGCUCGGAAACCGCUCAACUAG